UUGGCGCCCCCCAGUGGUAGCUGGAGCUCAUUGAAUUCGGAUCAGGUGGAAAGUCAGCUGAUUCCACCACAAACAGGAAGGGGAAUCUUACAACCAACUAGUAAUGUGAAAUAGCUCACUCGUUUGUGCCCCUGUUUUAUUUAUUAAGGAAAAAGGCUCCAGACAUCAGAAGAUGUUCGGUGGAGACGAUGAAGAGGGGGACUUCUUGUCUCCAUCAGGAGGGGCUAAGUUGGCCUCCCUGUUUGGCCUAGACAAGGAAGGCGUUCAGGGGAACGAGUCCUUUCAGUACACGGCACCCAAACAGCCUAAAAAGAGCUCCAAUUCAGCACCAGCCACCCAGAAACCAGCUCCACCACCUGGAGCUCCUGCAGUGUUAUUUGCCACAGCAGUCCAAGCCUUCAGAUAUAUUAACGGACAGUAUGUGAAGCAGGGGAAGCUGGGAGCAGCCGUACUGGGCAACCACACAACAAAAGAGUACAAGCUGCUUCUGUACUUGAGCCAACAGAAACAAGUGACCGCUGCCAAGAUUCACAUGGGCUUUGUUUUCAUGGUUCAGCCCAACAAUUACUGCACUUUCUAUGACGAGCAGAGGCAGAACUGGUCCCUGAUGUUUGAAUCAGACAAGGCUUUAUGGGACUUCUGCAAAGAGGUGUGUUUGGCGAAAGCGAACAGCGCAGUCUCCUUAGAUGCUGUGGUGGUUCAGGAUCUGAGUCUUGGUGAGGGCCAGGCGGUGGAGAACGGAGACUCGUUGGAGGUGGUGUACACAGGCUGGCUCCUGCAGAACCACGUCGUCGGCCAGAUGUUCGACUCCAACCAGAACAAGGACAAGCUGCUCCGACUGAAAAUUGGAGCCGGAAAAGUGAUCAAAGGCUGGGAGGAAGGGAUGCUCGGGUUGAAGAAGUCCGGCCAUCGUCUCAUUGUCAUCCCACCAAACCAGGCCUACGGAUCCAAGGGAGUCCCCAACCGUGUCCCGGCUAACAGCACUCUUGUUUUUGAAACAGAGCUUCGACGGGUGAAGUUUUCCAAGGACAGCGGGUCUCUUAGUGGCAGCACCAGCUCCAGAGGCUCUGCUGCUCCCUCCCCUGUUCCCUCCCCAGCCCCCAGUGUGGAGAACCUGGCCCUGGAGCCCCCAGUACAGACGGCUGCCUCCGGCCCCGGCAAACCAGGUGAACCACCACUUCGUGCAAAGUCAAACUCACUCAGUGAACAGCUGGCAAAUCCAGACGCCACAAAGGCCAAGCUGAUCUCUCGCAUGGCUAAGAUGGGCCAGCCCAUGUUGCCCUUUAUGACAGGAGUGGCCGGCCAGCCCGAAUCCAGUGACUCUGAGCUUGAGGACACCAGUGGCAGCAGAGCAAAGGAUGGGCCUGCAGCUCCAUCUCCAGUGCAGCUCUCCACUGCUGCUCCAGCUUCAGCACACGUACAUCCUCAUCCUCACACCGCUCCACCUCCUGCCUUACUUCCUGUUAUGACCACUGUUGCCACACAGCCUGGGCUGUCGGCCGGCAGCCAUGCCUUUCAGCCUUACUCCUACUCACAGAGCUCUGUGGCUCCAUCUCAGCUGCAGCCUGUCGGCCAGGUCUACCCUGCACAAACCAUCCCAUACAUGGGCUCCAGUGAUGUGACGUCCUUCAUGAUGACUGAGGCCCGACAACACAACACAGAGAUCCGGUUGGCGGUUGGGAAAGUUGCAGAUAAAGUUGAUCAUCUGGCCUCAAAGAUAGAUGACCUUCAAAGGCAGGGCAGUCAUUCCAUGGGUGUUCCUAGUAUGUCAAUGGAGACCUCCAUGAUCAUGCACAACAUCCAAAGAAUAGUCCAGGAAAAUGAAUGUUUGAAAAAGGAAGUCUUUGAGAAAAGCUCUCGCAUUGAGGAGCAAAACCGUAAGAUCGGGGAGCUGCUCAACCAGAACCAGAGGUUUGUGGAGCAGAGUAACCUGCUGAUGGAACAGAGGAACGACUCCCUCAAGUCAUCCAGUGAACAGAACCAGACCAGGUUACUGCAGGCGGAGCAGGACAAGGUCCGUCUGACGGAGGAUCUGGUUUCGUCCACGGCCCAGCUGUCUCAGCUCCAGCUAGAAGCUACAGCUCAGCAGCAGAAGGCCGUGGUGCUGCAGAGUAAACUGAGCUUGGCGCUGCAGGACAGUGAGGAGCAGUGCAAAUGCAUCACCGCCCUGGAAACGCAGCUGGAAGAGCUGAAGGAGGCAGCAGAGAGGACUCAGGCUCAGCACCGCUCAGAGAAGCAAAGACGCAAAGAGAUGGAGCUGAGAGUCAACAACAUGGAGGAGGAAGUGCAGGACCUAAAGAGUGAUAAAGAGAGCCUAGAACGAGCAUUUUCAGAGAGGAAGAACAAGUGGCAGGCCGAGCGUCAGCGGCGGGAUGAGGAGGUGGAGGAGCUGCGUAAGAGCAGCCAGAAGGAGGUGGACAGCCUGCGAGCUCAACUCCGCAGUGCCAGAUCCAGCACUGACAACGCUGCAUCUGAACAGUUGUCCCAGCUGCAGGCGGAGCUAGAGGAGGAGUGGAAGGGGAAGUGUGAGCAGAUGUUGGCCUCUGCUAAAGAGCAGCACAGAAGAGAGCUGGCGGAGCUGACGGAGCACAGAGAUGCUCUGCAGGACAAGCUAACGCAGCUACAGGAAAAGUUUACGGUUCUGAAGCAGUCAAGAGAUUUAGAAGAACAGACUUCGCUGCAGCACCGCGGGCAGACUGAAGAGCUGCAAGCCCUUCAGGACAAAUACUCCACCUCGCAGCAGCAAGGAGAAGCUGUAAGGGAGAAACUGGAAAGAAGAGUGGCUGAACUGGAGAAGAAGCUGGCAGAGCAGGAGAGCUCAGGAGACACUUCAGCAGAGGUGAAGCGUGUGAUGAACGGAGUGUUUCACUCUCUGCGGGGGGAGUUCGACCUCGGUGAAUCUUACAGCGGCCAGGCUGUGCUGGGGGUGAUCGUCACCACUAUUAAGAAUGUAACCCUGCAGCUGCUGGGUGGGACAGACAGAGCUUCACUGACACCGAGUAAGGAGGAAGAGGAAGACGAGGAAGACGAGGAGGAGGAGGAGGAGGAAGAAAGUGAUGAUGUGAAACAAAGACAGGAGACUGUACAGAAUGUGCAUGUGAAUGGUGAUGGAGAAGUCGCAGAGGACAAAGAAUGUGAGGCUGAUUCAGAUUCUCACCAAGUGAGUGAGACCCGGGUGGAUCAGGAAGUAGCAGCGGAGACGGAGACGGAGACGGUCACUGAGUCAAAGACACAAAGCCAGGCAGAAGCAUUAGAGGCCCCUGAACCCAAACAGCCAGAGACGGCAGAGGUUGAAGGGCAGCAGGAGACGGUAGCACACUCGGUUCCCGGAAUCCCUACAGAGGAGAAACACAGCGAUACGGGUGCAGAUCUGGACGAUGAACCUGAUGAGAGUUCACCACCUGAGGAUGGACAGGAAGCUGUGUCGGAAAGAAAUGCCGCAGUGAGCAGCGAGGUGGACAAGGAGAGCGUGGAUGAUGGAGAGCAUGUAGGGGAAAUGGACGAGGCUUCCCAGAAGGCCUUUGGACCCCCAGCCAACCCACCUCCGCCACCAAACAGCUCUAGGGAGGACACAAGUCUGACUGGGAGAAUGGGUGAGGAAAAUGGAGAGGAGCCAUUUUUCCAGAUCACAACUCCUGCCAAACCCCCUGCAGCACCCAGCGAGGAGGAAGAGGAUGAUGAGAUGAGCUUGAAGGGGCGCCCCCCUCCUGCCCCUCUCUUUGGUGAUGAUGAGGAGGAUAAUGAUCUGGACUGGCUCAACUGAGAUGACACAGGUCUGCCUUCAACACUAAAAAAAGGCCAGAGGUGCUUCAGCAGCUGUCUGUGCGCGGUGGAGCAGUCAGGACCAAAAGAGAGGAUGAACCUGAUUGGACGGAGUAGACAGACGGUGUGUGCUCUCCUGUUGACUGAUAAGUCCAGGCUCUGAUUUGGUUUGAAAUAACAAGCCUGAAAAUCACAAAGAGAAUCAAAACAAAUGCGUUUCAUUAAUCAUGCAAUAUCUGUUGGUGAUGUACUUCGAUCCCAAUUUUUUACAUGGCACUGUAGCAGAUGAGUGUGUCGAAUCAGCAGGAAUCCUGUGGUUUUAAUUAUUAGCUUGCUGCUUUAAGAAUAGAACUUUUACACAAUUUUGCUAAACUGAAAUUCCUUCCAUAAAAUAAAUGACAUGUAAAUUGUG